AUGUUCCCCCCAGUCUCAGACGAUGCGCUAAAUGCUGUUAAUACAGCCUGCGAAUAUGCUGCUAAGGUGCAAGGCAAGAAACCCCGAUCACCUCUGAAGUUUACACCGGGCGAACUAUUGAAGAGAGGAGAUAAAUAUCGGGAUUCUUCGAUGCGCAUGCUCACGACAAACCGUAAAAUCGUUGACCCUGUUACUCACGGAGUAUCCCACAAAGAAUAUGAUCAAUUAUUGUCAAAAAGGGACGAGUUAAUCAGCUACACCACCCUUGAGGCCCUCCAGAAUCGAUCCAAAUUCAAGGAUUACAAGAAUGACGAGAAGGAACUCAAUCGUGUCCUCGUGCGGUCGUCGCAACGAUCGUGCAGCAAGUACAUAUGGCGGGAGAAAAAUCGGCAGCUCUGGACGAAUUCUGCAGUCAGCGAAGAGCAGGAAUCAUCCAACCCCUCUUCGUCCAAUACGGAGGAUCCAGAACCACGCUCGCCGGUUGAUGGGACAUCUAGUGACCAAGGCCUUGCAGGUGCCGAGGGUACUCAUGCAACUCCACAUGUGAAACGCAACCUCCUGCAAACGAUAAAGGAUCUUGCUCAUAUAUUGAAUCCUUUCGGAGACCACCAUACAGUCGAUGAGUUCCAUCACCGCAACGGGGCCAACAGUGCUAUACACGAGACAAGCCCGGACAACGAUGGCGAGGGCGAGACAAGCAGAGAUGAUCGUGGCCAAGACGAAAUCAGCAGAGGCGGUGGCGACAAGGGCGAGACAAUCAGAGACAACAAUGGCGUCGGAGAGACAAGUAGGCAAGCCGAUAUCGAGGGCGAGACAAGCAGCGACAACAACGCCGAGUACGACGCAACAGUAUCGCUAUGUUCAUUUACUUCGGACAAUUCAGCAGGACCAUCUGGAACAACCCAAGCAAUUUUGAGCCUCGAUGACUACUCUCGGACGAGCUGCGAUGGUCAGGGCUUUCAGGGCUUUCAGGGCUUUCAGGGAAGACAGAAAGAUUUUUUCCUCGAUUCUCGGGGAUGA